AUGGGGAAUGACAAAUGGAAGAAGAAGAUUGAUCAUGAUGGAAAGCAAAUCGUUUUGUGCGUUGAAAGAUUGCAAGAUGAGUUGGCGAAGAUUAACCAAGAGGCGAGUGGUGAAUUGUUGAAAGUUGCACAAAAGUACAAUCGGAUCCAUCAACCGAUCUAUGAGAAGAGAACAAAUAUUAUUAAAUAUAUUCCUGACUUCUGGUUGAAAUCUUUCCUGAAGCAUCGUGGCCUUGUAUGUGCAGAAGAGGACCGCAAGAUAUUCGAGUUUCUAAGCUCAAUCAAACUUGAACAGUCUCAAGAUGUCAAAUCAGAGUUCACAGGGUCAAAGAUCACUAAGGACCUAGAGAACUUUGUGGAAGAGCUUCAGAAAAUGUUUGAGGACAUGUGCGUUGUUGAUUCAGAGCAUGUGGAGUUAGUCUCAUAUCAGCUCAAAGAUGUUUCUAGGAUAUGGUAUGAUCAGUGGAAGAAGAACAGGGUAGAGGGGGCACCACUUUUGAGCUGGGUUGUGUUUGAGAAUGCUUUCUUGGGGCACGAGAGCUAA